CUCUCUCUCUCUCUCUCUCUCUCUCUCUCUGAUCAUUUUUCUGAGACCUUCAUUGCUGGAUAAGUAAUGGAAGUAACAGCAAAGCUACCGCCUCCAUCAGCUGGGAAGGUUGUCACUAUUCUCAGUAUUGACGGAGGUGGGGUUAGAGGGAUCAUACCUGCCAUUCUACUCAUGAAACUAGAGGAAGAGUUGCAGAAAGUUUCUGGGCAUGAAAAUGCGAGGAUCGCAGACUAUUUUGACUUGAUCGCUGGAACUAGCACAGGUGGAAUCAUCACUGCCAUGCUCACAGCCCCAGACGGGGACCAUCGUCCUAUGUUUUCCGCUCCACAAAUUAAAGAUUUCUACAGAAAACAAUCCCCAGAAAUUUUCCCCCCAAAAAAUUGGUUCAAAUCUAUCUGGAACUAUCUCUACAAGCCCAAGUACGAUGGAGAGUAUUUACAUGGUGCAAUACAGUUCUAUCUGGAAGGAAAAAGACUGCAUGACACAUUGACUAGGGUUGUAAUCCCAACAUUCGAUAUGAAACAAGUCCGACCCACUAUUUUCUCAAGCUUGAAGCUAAACACAGAGUUCGACGUCCUCCCUGGCUUAGACGCCCAGCUAUCAGAUAUUUGCAUUGGAACUUCAGCUGCACCAACCUAUCUACCACCUUAUCCUUUCAAAAAUGGUGAAACAGAAUUCAAUUUGAUUGAUGGUGGUAUCAUAGCCAAUAAUCCUGCAUUAAUUGCUAUAAGUGAGGUGACACAACAAAUAACAAAGAACAAUCCAGAUUUCUCGACCUUUGAACCAAAUGACUAUACAAGAAUUGUGUUGGUGUCUUUUGGAACUGGAUUCAUGAAGCCCAAUGUUUACAACGCCAAAGAUGCACAAAAGUGGGGUAUUUUGAAAUGGGCUAAGCCAAGUAUUGAAUUUGCACUUGAUGGAAGUCAGGAUCUUGUUGACUAUCAUCUCGCCUCUGUUUUUCAUGCCCUUGGAGCUGACAGCAACUACCUUCGAAUUCAGACGGAUGUAUUAAGUGAAAAUAUGGCUGAUUUGGAUUGCGCCACUGAGAAGAACUUGGGUGAUCUUGAAGCUUUAGCAAAGAAUCUGUUAAACCAAACUGAGACAAGGAUGAACUUGGACACCUUCAAGCUUGAACCUAUACCCGGUGGUCCAACAAAUGCAGAGGCCAUUGAAAAGAUGGCUGAGAUACUUGUCACUGAGAAGAGAGAACGUCUGGCAAAUAUAACGCACUCGUCAAUAAGGAAAGUCGUUCUGUAAUGUCAUUAUAUAUGGCAUUAAAGUUGGUAAUAUUAGAGUCAAUAAUUAAAGUCAGUCUGUGAUUUCGUUAAGGCUUUAAUAAUGUAAUUGUGUUAAGUUGAUUGUUGUGUGGUUUAAUGAUUGCGUAAUGGCUUGAGAGAAUAAGUGCGAUCCUUUUGGGUCCAGCUGUGUGGUAGGUACCUUAUUGAUUUCAGUUGCGUGGUAAUGUGGUUUAAGGAUGUCGUACUAUGUUCUAAAUUUGAAUACAAUAAUACAAAGCCUAUAUCGUGUG